AUGUCUGACCGCAUGUCUGACGCAAAGGAAGAGCCUCAUGGCGAUGCAAUUCUCGCCAAGCCGUCUGAUCACCACACUGCUGCACCUCAUGAUUUGAUGGAUGCUGCAGAAGCUGGUAUUGUUGACGUGUACGUCCGACCUGGAAACAGGAUGCAAAAAUGGGUCGACAAACUCGAGAGCCUUGCUGGUAUGGAAGCCAGAGGCAUUGAACGUGUUCCCGACAGUAUCAAAUCAGGAAAUACCACAACGGAAGACUACUUGCAGAUGUGUUUAAUCUGGCUUUCAGCUAAUCUUACCGCCAAUAACAUGAUGAUUGGCAUGCUAGGUCCCUUGAACUUUGGACUUGGGCUCCGAGAUAGUAUGUUUCUAGCAACCUUCGGGUCCCUUACUGGCGGCGCCGGGAGCUCCUAUAUUGCAUCAUUUGGACCUGCUAGUGGAAACCGUACUUUGGUAAUUGCUCGCUACACGAUGGGCUGGUUUCCCUCCCGCCUCUGCGUUGCCCUCAAUAUCGUCAUCAUGGUUGGUUAUGGAAUAAUCGAUAUUCUUGCUGCGGGUCAGAUCAUGUCAGCUGUGAAUGGUAAAGGGAUGUCCGUGAUUGUUGGCGCUAUCGUAGCGGCAACAAUCUCGCUAGUUAUCUGUGUGGUUGGUAUCCAACUCUUCCACAGCUACGAGCGGUGGGCAUGGCUGCCUCAAGCUAUAGUGGUCUUAAUUCUAAUCGGCGUUUCCGGGCCCUAUUGGGACCCAAAGUCUGUUACAAGUAACACCGGAGCAGCCAAGUCCGCAGAUCAGGUAAGUUUUUUUUUCCUUUGCCUGGCAUCACCUCUUUCGUGGUCCCCCGCCGCAGCAGACUUUUUUGUCUAUUUCCCAACCAACUGCAAGCGAUGGAAAGUUGCUGUUGCUACCACACUUGGCCUCGGAGGCUCGUGCAUGAUUUCCUACUACAUCGGUGUCGGUCUAGCAUCAGGUGUUGCAGGCAGGGCGUCUUGGGCGACGGCAGCCGAUGAAGGCCUUGGUAUUCUCCUUGUGGAAGCAUAUCGUCCUUUGGGAGCCUUUGGUAACUUCUGCUCUGUUAUACUCGCUUUGGGUGUUAUCUCCAACAAUAUUCCAGGCACUUACUCGGCUGCAUUGAGCUUUCAAUUGCUGGGCUCCUGGAUGCAAAGGCUGCCUCGCUUUGUAUGGACUAUCGUUGUUAUUAUAAUCUACACUGUUUGUGCAUGUGUCGGCAGAGAUGAGCUUUAUGACAUUAUUCAGAACUUCGUGGUGAUUAUGGGCUAUUGGACGGCGGCGUGGAUCACCAUUUCUGUUGAAGAGGAGCACAUAUUCCGUCGCCGAAAUGGAGGUUAUGACUGGACUGCAUGGAACGAUCAGCAGAAACUUCCGGUCGGACUUGCGGCAUGUACCGCAUUCUUGUGUGGCUGGGCUGGUGCAGUGCUGGGAAUGUGGCAGACCUGGUUUACUGGGCCCAUUGCAAAGCUGGUUGCCUCGGGUAUUGACAUCGGCAUCCCUCUUUCUAUGAGCUCGGCAGCACUUAUUUAUCCUCCUCUGCGAUACGCCGAGCUCAGAUACUUUGGUCGUUAA